AUGAUACCGGUUCCGAAGCCCAUGAUCACCAUCAAUGGGACCGCCGUGCCACCACUGAUCCUCUGCGACCAAGCAUUCCCGCUUACGUCCAACCUGUUGAAGCCGUAUACGCGGAAGGAUGUUACGGACAACUCCACGCAGGCGGGGUUCAACAAGCGGCUGUCAGCUGCACGCAGGAUCGUUGAAAAUGCCUUCGGUCGAGUUAAGGCACGGUUUCGCCUGCUCCUGAAACGCAUGGAGUGCGACGUCAACAACGCCCGCCUGAUCGUACGAGCCUGCUGCGUCCUCAACAAUAUCUGCGAACACUUCAACGAUGGCGUUGAGGCCCAGUGGCUCAGGGAUGCCCAGCGUGUGGACGGCGUCCACAUCCAACCGGUCUGCGCCACGGACAUCGAAGCAGACAGCGGACAGAGGACAGAGCCAGAUUAA